AUGGCCACAUUCAUCUUUCGUGCCCGUCAGAUCCUUGUCAUUGCCGCGCUGUGCAUUUCCGUCUACUUUCUCAUCGGCUCAUUGAAAGUCAGCUCGAACGGCCCGACGUUCCAGAGCCGAGCCGAGCGGUAUGAGGAGUUCAAUGAGGUUCGGAUUCUUUGAAAUACUCAGGAAAAUACACGAAAGCACGUUUUUAUAGGUGCCGGUCAAAGUGAAAACAGUGCAUAGCGAUCGAGAUCGAGGGAAAGAAAAUGAUAGCGAAAAAGGAAAAGCGCAAUCGUCGUCAUAUUUGCUUCAGAAUCAGAAAUGCAACAUUCCGAAACUGGACAUAAAUGGAAGUGAAGUCAUCCAUUUCUUCGAGAAGCACGCUCCGCUCGAGUGCCAAAAGAAACACAGUUCGAUCGAGGAUAAUUGGGUUUUUGUGAACGACGACGGAUUCAUUCGAUUCACGGAGAAACGGGCGAAGGCCAAGUGUAAAGUGCAAUACUUUUCGCGAGUCGACGAUAACAAGAAUUCGUACGCGGAGCCGGUCGAGAUUCGCGACGGCGAACGGCUGAACGGCAGUGAUUACGCGACUGUCUCGUGUAUUCAGGGCUUCCAGAAGUGGAAUUCGGUCCUUUGGAGUGUGAAUGAUGCGGAGGAGAUUCACGAGAAAGCUCGGCAGUUUAUUAGGCCGGAAACUGUGAAUUCAGAGACCAAGCCGUACAAUGUCUACUUUUUGGGGUAAAAACUCCAUUCCUUCCUAGCUUUAUUAAAUCGUUUCAGAUUUGACUCCCUCUCGCAGAUGUCUUUCCGUCGAAAACUGCCAAAAACUGUGAAAUUCCUCGAGGAGACCCUUGGAAGUACGGUUCUGAACGGCUACAACAUUGUCGGUGACGGCACUCCGCAAGCUUUCAUUCCCAUUUUGACUGCUCAAACCGAGACGGAGCUCCCGUUAACCCGGAAACGGUACAAGGAGGCCAACUACGUGGAUGACGUGUAUCCGUUCGUCUGGAAGAAUUAUUCGGACGCUGGAUAUGUGACCAUGUACGCCGAGGAUGCGUUCAAUAUUGGGACGUUCACGUACCGACUGAAAGGAUUCCGGAAUCAACCGACUGAUCAUUACACGAGAACUUUGUUCGAAGAAGUGGAGAAGUUGAACAACAGGAAUUGCAUUGGAUCCAUUCCUUUGCACAGAGUGAGUUCAUUAUGUGGCAUCAUGAAAUUAAUUAUAAAAAUUAUAAAAAUUUGAACGCUAGAAUUCUAAACUACACAAUUUUUCAGAUGUGGUUCCAAAACGGUCGCCAAUUCAUGAAGACCUAUCACGACGUCCCUCGUUUCUUGCUCAUGCACCAGAGUCUCCUUUCCCACGACGACAUCAACCAGGUGGACGUGGAGGACGAGGAUCUGUCGGCCCAUCUGAAGCACAUGAACGACGAGGGGAUGUUCGACGACUCGCUGGUGAUUGUGAUGGCGGAUCACGGACACCGAUUCGCGAAGCUUCGUGAGACGCACCAGGGCCAACUCGAGGAAAGAAUGCCGUUCUUCUCGAUCGCACUUCCGAAACAGUUGAGAGAGACGACGAAGGGUGCCGAGAUGGAGAGGAAUCUGAGGGAGAACAAGGAGAAACUGACGAGUCCGUUCGACAUUCACGCCUCCCUUCUCGACAUUCUCCAGCUGUCCGAGUUGAAGAAGGAGCAAGUGGGUCAGAUGCAGGACGCGAAGACGACACGAUCAUUGUCAGUGUUCCGACCGAUUCCUGCCGACAGAACGUGCGCGCAGGCGGGUAUCGAAGCCCAUUGGUGCACGUGUCUUUCGUGGCAGGAUGCCAUGCAGACUCAGGAGGAUCGCAAGUUGACCAGGAGGUAAUGAUGGAAAAGGGGACGAGUUCUGAUUUCUAUAUUCAGAAUCGCCAACGCUGUCGUCCGGGAGAUCAAUACUGAGAUCGCCGCUGAGAAAGAUUUGUGUGCACCGCUGGCGCUCGCCAAGAUCAUUGAUGCAAAAAAGUAAAGCCGACGUUGACUGAUCUUUCAUUCUAUUAAACAUUUCCAUUUCAGAUUAUUGCCCGACAAGGAACUGCUGGCUUAUAAAAACGUGAAGGACGCCGACGGCUUCGUGCCCGAUCUGUCCGGCUCCACAAAAGCGGCGUUUGCCCACUAUCAGCUGAAACUGCAGACGUCGCCCGGUGUGGCCAUCUACGAAGUGACGCUGUUCUACGACAUUGUCAACGACGAGCUGCAGCUGGACUUUGGAGCGAUGAGCCACGUGAACAAGUUCGGAGACGCCCCGCACUGCAUCAUCGAUAAAAACUACUACCUCGCGACGUUCUGCGUGUGCUACGACAGAGUGUGA